AUGGAGAUCACUGCUCUCUCUAUUAGCCUGAUCCUGUCUCUGGGUCUGUGUGAGCUGAACUCAGCUCUUGCCUUGAAUGUUUCUAGUGCUAGGGUCAGCUCUGAGGCUGAAUCUGCAAAAUGUAAGCUUCAGGGUACCACUCGUCUACCUGUCUUUUCUGUGGAUGGUGACUAUGUUAUUGGUGGUGUUUUCUCCCAACAUGUCAACAUGCACACAGUUAAGCAUAACUACACCUACAUGCCUGAGCCACUAAGGUGCAAAGGGAGAAUUAAACCCCGUGAACUGCGCUUCUCACGCGCAAUGAUCUUCGCCAUCGAGGAGAUUAACAACAGCACGGAGCUGCUGCCGGGCAUCAGACUCGGUUAUCAGAUCUACGACUCGUGUGCCUCGGUGCCUGUGGUUGUGCAUGUGGCAUUCCAGCUUUCAAACGGCCUGGACCCGGUGUUUUACACCGGCGACAACUGCUCACAGUCUGGUAAAGUGAUGGCAGUUGUUGAUGGGCCAGGGUCCACGUCAUCCAUCAGCAUGUCGCGCAUCCUCGGGCCUUUUAACAUCCCUCAAGUGAGCCACUUUGCCACUUGCGCAUGCCUGUCUGAUAAGCAGCAGUACCCGAGUUUUUUCAGAACAAUCCCAAGUGACCAGUUCCAGGCUGACGCGCUGGCCAAGCUGGUCAAACACUUUGGCUGGACUUGGAUAGGUGCUGUCCGGUCGGAUUCAGAUUAUGGCAAUAAUGGCAUUGCGUCUUUCCUGGCUGCAGCACGCAGAGAGGGGAUCUGUGUGGAAUACUCUGAAGCUUUUCAUCGGACCAACCCACGUAGCAGGAUCCAGAGAGUAGCUGACGUUAUCCGCAGGUCGACAUCUAUGGUUGUUGUGGCAUUUACAUCGAAUGCAGAGAUGAAGAUUUUGCUAGAAGUGCUUUCUCAGGAGCCUUUUCCGCCUCGCCAGUGGAUAGGCACUGAGGCCUGGGUAACAGACCCAGACAUGCUGAGCUUCAGCUUCUGUGCUGGAGCUAUUGGAUUUGGCAUUGAGCGAUCAGUCAUCCCAGGUCUGAGAGACUUCUUGCUGGACCUCUCUCCCUCUAAAGUGGCUGCCUCUCCACUGCUCACUGAGUUCUGGGAGGAUGUAUUCAACUUCACAAACGAGAGAGUGUGUGAUGGAAGUGAAGACAUAAAGACGCUCCAGAAUCCGUACACUGACACAUCUCAGCUCCGGAUCACAAACAUGGUAUACAAGGCUGCUUAUGCAAUAGCACAUGCAAUUCAUAAUGCAGUGUGUCAGGAAAGAAAGUCUACAACUCACUGUCACAAAUUCACCAGGAUAGAGUCUGAAGAGGUUCUUAUGCAGUUAAAGAAAGUAAAUUUUUCUCGAAAUGGUUAUGAUGUGUUAUUUGAUGGCAACGGGGAUCCUGUGGCUACAUAUGAGCUGGUUAACUGGCAAAAAACUAAGAGUGGCAAUGUGGAGAUGGUGACAGUGGGACACUAUGAUGCAUCACUGCCGGUUGGCCAGGAGUUCCGUAUCAACAGGAACCUCACCUGGGUGGAGGGCAGCACACGAGUACCUGUGUCAGUGUGCUCUGACAGCUGUCCUCCAGGAACUCGUAAAGUGCUGCAGAAAGGAAAACCCAUCUGCUGUUAUGAUUGUUUACCAUGUCCUGAGGGAGAGAUUAGCAAUGCUACAGAUUCCUCUGAUUGUUUCCCAUGCCUCAAGGAGUUCUGGCCUAAUGCAGAGAGGGACACGUGUCUCCCCAAGCCUGUAGAGUUUCUUUCCUUCAACGAGGUCCUAGGAAUCAUCCUGGCUGCAUUCUCAGUUGGUGGUGCCUGUCUUGCCAUGAUAACAGCGGCUGUGUUCUAUUGUCACAGGACAUCCCCGAUUGUCAGGGCCAACAAUUCUGAGCUGAGCUUCCUGCUGCUCUUCUCUCUGACUCUGUGUUUCUUAUGUUCAUUAACUUUCAUUGGAGCGCCCUCUGAGUGGUCCUGCAUGCUGCGCCACACAGCAUUUGGGAUCACCUUUGUCCUCUGUAUGUCUUGUGUUCUUGGAAAAACAAUAGUAGUGUUAAUGGCCUUCAGAGCUACACUCCCAGGAAGCAAUGUGAUGAAAUGGUUUGGGCCUACACAGCAAAGAAUGACUGUAGUGUCUUUCACGUUCAUUCAAGUUAUAAUAUGUACUAUUUGGUUGGUUCUUAAUCCUCCGUUCCCAAUGAAAAACCUCACAACAUACAAGGAGAGAAUCAUCCUGGAGUGUGCAUUAGGCUCAGCUGUUGGGUUCUGGGCUGUGCUCGGGUACAUCGGCCUGCUGGCUGUCUUUUGCUUUGUGUUAGCUGUCCUGGCUCGGAAACUACCUGAUAAUUUUAAUGAAGCCAAGCUGAUCACCUUCAGCAUGCUGAUAUUCUGUGCAGUGUGGAUCACCUUUAUCCCUGCAUACGUCAGCUCUCCAGGGAAAUUCACUGUGGCUGUGGAGAUAUUUGCCAUUCUGGCCUCCAGUUUUGGACUAAUAUUGUGUAUAUUUGCUCCAAAGUGUUUCAUCAUAUUGUUUAAGCCAGAGAAGAACACCAAGAAGCAUUUAAUGAGCAAAGAUCAAUCCUGAGAUAUAUGUCGUUUAGAAAAAGAAAAAGGAGAAAUUUGCCUGCAUUGAAAUGGAUUUCCCAACUGUUUUGAUGGUAAAUGUAGAUGACGGAACCAAUAAACAACUCAGUGUGUGCUACAUUUACAGAAAAUCUGAGUUACCAUGCUACAGAAUGUGUUGCUCUUAUUAUUGCUGUCUCUGUGAGCAGGAGAACUCAGCCUUUUCAAUAAAUUGGACACUGAGUAUUGCUUGACUGACCUACAUUUACCAUCAACACUAAUUGGACAACAUAAAUGAACAAAUUUUCCCAUAGCAUACAGUAUAAUGCUUAUGAUGUGCAAAUUCAACUCAGUCUUCACCCUUAAAUAUUGACAUGAAUUUUAAUGCCAUUUUGUGAAUGUUCUUUGAACAUGUUAUGAACUUAUUUAACAAAUAUUAUUUUUUGAUGAGCUAAAUGAGAAAAUAAACAAGGUCAAAAUAGAGAAAAAAGGCUUGGUUCUGUG